AUGGAUGGGACACUUAUAUGGGAAAUUGUGGAGUCUAGAUUCAAGGAAGAUGCUAAAGAGAUAAAGUUACAUGCUUUAAAAGCUGGGAAAGAGCCUAUUUUUGAGGAGUUGCCUAAGAAUAUCAAAAGGAAAACAGCUGCUUCGUACAAAGAGCUGGAGGCAAGGAAAAGCAGAGUAAAUGAUUUAGAGAAACUAUACAUGGAUAUGGUCAUGCAAAAAGAAUUACAUAAAAAGGGUAGGAAGCGGAAACUUCGUGAAGAUGAGAUUGUUUCUCCAACUUCCAAACCAGUAUAUAAAUGGCGGCCAGAGCGAAAGCGGUGA